CCGUGUGCGCCUUGUACUUGUGUCAUCAGUGUCGGUUGUUUAACUCCUCCUGGUUCACCGACGGACGAGCUGUUUAAACGCGCAGCAGCUUCGCCUCCUCCUUCAGGCGCCAUGCUAAUGGAGCCCUGCGCGGUUUUUGCAUUGACACCAUGAGCUGAAGACGGCAUGGUGCCAUCAUCGCUUUGAUGACGGCAGAGCGUGAAAGAGGGCCUGACCAUGGGAGAGAGAAGGAGGUCACCAUGUGCCGAAGUCUGUCCAAAUAUGCUUUCAUCUUCCUCCUCCUGGCCCUUUGUGGCCUCAUCUUCCUGCUACGGAACAUCCAUACGGUGGAGCACUUGAACUGCCACACAAUCUCAGCCCUCUACCAGGUCCAGACAAGGAUCCAAUCUGUCCUCACGUCGGUGGAGCUCCCAAAGUUUUAUCAUAACCGAACCUUCUGUGCCCAUCUUGGCCAAAAACCCUCCCCUGAGGAUGAACUGGAGGAACAUUACCUUCUGGACACCAUCACCUGGCCUGAACCUCCACCAGGCUCUAAAACAACUCUGCGCCAGACUAGUGACCCCGUGCACAGCCUGUUUGCAAUCCUACCCACUAAAGAAGGAAGGGUGUGGCACGUGGGCGACCAGCUGGAGGCUUUGGUCCAAAUGCAUGACUUUCAGGGUCGUCCCAAGCGUUACGGCGGGGAUUUCCUGUUAGCUCGUCUGCAUUCUCCAAAGCUCGGAGCGGGCGUUGCGGGUGAGGUGUUGGACCACAAGAAUGGAUUUUAUUCUGCCCUGUUUCCCCUCCUGUGGGCAGGGCCUGCAAGCGUCGAGAUUAUGCUCGUGCACUCCAGUGAGGCUGUUGCUGUGCUGCGACGGCUAAGGGAAGAACGUCCUGAUCGGGUCUUCUUCAAGAGCCUGUACCGCUCAGGAAUCUUGUCUGAGACCACUGUGUGCAACAUGUGCUUGCCACCAGACCAGCAUCCACUGUGUAACUACACAGACGUUUACACCGGCGAACCCUGGUACUGCUACAAGCCCAAGCUGCUCAGCUGUGACAGCAGAGUUAACCAUGCCAAGGGAGGCUAUCAGAAGCACCUCAUCACCAACAAAGAAGCUCUGCUCUUCCAGAGUGGUGUAAACAUCAAAGUUGACAUACAUGCUUCUGGGCCUGACCAAAUUAACGUGCUGCCUCGGAGGAAAGGUAAAAUAACCAUUGAAAGCAGCGGCAGUGUGAAACCAGAGCCUGUUCAGCCGGCAUCGUCUGGAUACUACUACGAGGACUCAUGGAGGCCUUUAGGAGGCAUCAAAAUGCACCGCUUCAAUGACUCGUCUGCAGUCACUCAGUGUCUGAAGGACAAAGUGAUCCAUAUGUAUGGAGACUCGACUGUCAGGCAGUGGUUUGAGUAUCUCAACGCUUUCGUACCAGGAUUGAAGGAGUUCAACCUGCAUAGUCCUAAAAAUGUUGGACCUUUCAUGGCAGUAGACAGUCCCCAUAAUAUUCUCUUGACCUACCGGUGCCACGGCCCCCCCAUCCGGUUCUCCACUGUUAUGUCCAGCGAGUUGCGCUACAUAUCAAACGAAUUGGACAGCCUCUCCGGAGGACCAAACACUGUUGUUGUCCUCAGCAUCUGGGCGCAUUUCAGCACCUUCCCUGUGGAGGUCUACAUCCGGCGACUUCGUCACAUUCGCCGUGCACUGGUGCGACUUUUGGACAGAGCACCGGGAACGUUGAUUGUGAUCCGCUCGGCCAACCCCCAAGCUUUAGACCAAGAGGUGAGCCUCUACAACAGCGACUGGUACUCCCUGCAGCUCGAUGGCGUGCUCAGAGCCAUGUUCAAAGGAAUGGACGUUCUCCUGGUGGACGCCUGGCAAAUGAGUUUAGCGCACCACUUCCCUCAUGCCCUUCAUCCACCUCCAGCCAUAGUCAAGAACAUGAUAGACCUCCUCUUGUCUUAUGUUUGUCCAGAACAGAAGAGCCAACAGAACUAGAAUGACAAGGCAGAACUUAGUCCUUUAAACCUUUUUGUAUGUUGUUCAGUCCAGAACAUCCUCUUCUAAAUUUGGGAAUUCAAACUGGACGGAAAAAAGUUGAGGUGUAUUAUAUUGUCCAGUCAUACACUUUGCUACACAUUUUCAUUAGCCAGUAGCUACUGAGGCUCCACUUUACCAAAGAUGGACUUUAUGAUCAGAGUUCAUUCCGAUCAGGAAAUCCAGAUGUUCAGUUGGGGUGUGUUACUAUCAAACCGACAAAGGAUUUGAACCCACCCUUCCUGGUUUUCUCUGUAUAAUAUUGCUGUUGUAAUCCACGACAAACAUUUAUUCUUUAGCAUCUUAAACAAAAGGCUCCACAAACAGAGAACUGCAGUUAUGUUCAUGUAACUACUGUUAAUCUGCUUAAUCGCUUGCUGCUUUUGCAGCAUCUUUGCCUUUACAUACAGUCAGUGUUUACAUACAGUAUUAUACAAAAGUUUUAGGCACACGUGGAACUUCCUAAAACAAGAAGCUGGUGAAAUAACUUGUGCAAGUUUAUUAUCGACAAACCACCAGCACUCGUCUUUAUGAUGUCAUGUACCAGGUGGCACACAAAGAAACCUUUUGUUGUUCGAAAAAGAGUUAUAAUAACUACUCGUUUCUUUCACAAAAAGUGAUAUUUUUUUUAUUUAUUUUUUUAAAUUGUAAGGGGUAGUGCAUUUUACAGACAGGGUACAGCGUCAGUCUGCGCAUAUGUAGAGCUGGGUUCGAAAUACACUCAUGCUCCUUGUCCGUGUCCUUGGACAAGACCCUUAACCUGCAUGGUCUCAAUCCAUCCAGUGCUAAAUGGGUACCAGUCUGCCUGGCGUCCCAUCCAGAGGGGGUCACAGAGUCUCACCCAUGUGAUGUUACAGAAUCACAUUGACCCCAAAGCGUUAAUGAGCCUUGGGGCCAAUAUAGGACGUUUGUUGGAAACAAAAGGUUCAAAAUCAGAAAAUUUAUCAAAAUCUUGGUGCGCCUAAAACUUUUGCCCAGUACUUUACAUGUCAAACAGUGAAAUAAAUCUGUUAUUUAUUUAUAGUGAAUCAUUUCUGUUGAUUUGUGUUCCUGCAGAGAUUACAGCUCCGCCUGUUCUAUCAGACUCAUAUAUAUUUUAGUUUUAGUCAUAAUUCCUGCCAGUAUCGCUAACAUUAGCAGAUCUGUUGUGGCAACCCCGGGCAAAGCGGGAGAAGCCAAA